CCGAGGCUUUACGGGGGAACGCACAGUGAGCUCGGGCGUUCGACAUUGCGGACGGGUGAAGUUCGAGGUCUCGAUUUGUACGUUUCUGUUCGUUGUAUGUCCCUCGAAAUAGCAGUUCGAAGGGACAAAAAAUACGUUACGUAAAUUCGAAAGACACUCGGACUCGCGUCGAACAACGUACGAAGCGCAAGUGCAGCGAUUGCAUUGCAUAAAAUUCGCGUAACCGUGCAAUCUCCCGCGUCAUUUUCGAUCGGUCUCCUCGGCUCUGAUUCAAUCCAUACACAGUGUCGUCCGUCCUUCGAACGUUAAUCCGGAAUACAUUUCUGCCUUUUCAUUGCUACGAAUGUCAUUUUACCAUUUGUUUUUCGACUGAACGAAAACAAAACGUCAAUCAGCAUCGAUCUGCACGCUCGUUGGAAGCGGUUGGAAGAGCCUCGUGUUUGGAUUAAGGAAAAACAACUUCUCGGCUCUCAUCCGGCAGGUUUGCGUGUCCAUUCGACAAGACGCUUCUCAACGCUCGUUCUUUUUAUUUCACCGUCUCGUAAUAGACACUUUUAUCGUGAUCCGAAGCUCAGGAACUUGAGGAUAUUCGUAUGGAAUCGAUUGCUAUUCGAGGCACGAAGAAUAGGCGUCGUGCGUCUGAGAAGAACAGCGCUGCGUUGGAGCAAUAACUGCAGCGUCGAGACUGAGCAUUAUGUCAGAAUACUGCGAGUACAUGUGGGACCCGUCCCGCAGGCAUCUCGGGAGUCCAGCUCUUGCACGAAGUAUUUACGACGGCGAGGCCAAAUUGGAUGUCAAAGACAGAAAGUUGGCCAUCAAAACUGUCAGAGCGAUACUUCGAGGGAUGCCUGAUGUCGAUCUCAAUCGUUGCACGGACGAGUACGUAACCCGAUUUUUGCUAGCCCGGAAGUAUCGAACUGAACAAGCAGCUGCACUUAUCGUUGCUUACCAGUCACAGAUCGCUCACAGGCAGGAUAUUUUUGGCAAUUUGACUGCCCGGGAUCCUCCCCUUCAGCGGGCACUCCGGGCCGGAAUUCCGGGGGUAUUGCCGGCGAGAGACAGAAAGGGAAGGUGCGUUCUCGUUAUUUUAGCAUCUCAGUGGGACCCAAUUGCUGUGCCUGCAUUGUCCGUUCAACGAGCAAUUUUUCUCGUGCUCGAAACUCUCAUUCAAGAUCCCAGAAACCAGCAAUGUGGCUUCGUCGCGGUUGUCGACUGGAGUGGAUUUUCUUUACGUCAGGGUGGAGCCCUCGGUGCAGCUGCGCUCCGAAAUCUGAUCGCGGCUCUCCGAGGACGAUUUCCGGCUAGAUUCAAAGCCGUCCACUUCCUGUCAGCUCCUCUUUACGUUCAAGCCACCUUGGCACUCGUCAAACCAUUUUUGGAUGAAAAAACUCGUCAUAAGAUAUAUCUCCACGGAAACAAUUUGAGCACCCUCCACGAGCACUUGCCAACGGACAUAUUGCCAGCUGAGUUGGGUGGAACAGGCCCAGCGUUCAAUCCAGGACUCUGGGCUGAGCCGGUGAUCCAUUCAGCGAUGAAAGAGGCCGAGCUUGCGGCAAUAAAGAGGGACAAAGAGAUCGCAGAGAGAAGAACGAGCGCUGAGAACGAAAGGAAGAAAGCGUCGGAGGAUUCCCCGAAGGAAUCAUUGGAAAAAAGAACACCAGGAAACGGCGAAGACGCGAGUUCUCAGGAGGAAAAGGCCGAAGAUUGCGACACGGGAAUAAAGAAAAGUAGAAAAUUUAUGAGAGAUUCGCGCGAUUCGGAAAAACCCGAUGGCAGAGAAUCAGAAAUUUCGUCGAACAGUGCACAGAGUCCGCUGAUCGAAGUCGAAAGAACGAAUGAUCGCGAAGAUUCGAUUAAAAUUGAUCAUUCGAAAGAAAAUAAGAAAAAUUCUUCAAAAGUAAGUGAGCAAAAUUUCACCGAAAAAAAUGUUGAAUUUCAUGACCAUUUUUUCGGCUCAUCAGCGAAUGUGGAUCGUCGGAAUGCCGACGAAAAAACGAGACUUCGAGUUUAUCGCGAUGCGGUUGACACGAAUCAAAUAAAGUCCUCAAAAAAUGCUCCGAAGGAUGAAAAUUCUCUCAAGGGUGGUAACGAGGCAAUCGAAAUAAUUGAUUGUGUCGAAGCCGACACAAAUUCCAAUGAAUUUGAAAUGAUCUCGAGCCAACCCGAUAGCGACGAGAGUCGCGAAAAUUCCUUGGAAACUCUCAGACUCGAAAAAGUCGUGAAUACUAAAAUUAGCAAAAACGAAUCUUUGCCCGAAGAAGUUAAUCUGAUAGCGUAACGUGUAAAUUUAAAUGAUUGUUCGUUAGAAAUUUUUCCGAACAUUUGAAGAAUUUAUUCGAAUUUUUUGGAUUCGAACUUUUGAGGAUGAAAAAAGCAUAGAGCGAACAAAAAAAAUUGAACUUUCUUCAUGAGCGACUCAAGUUCCAGGCAAUGAAAGUUACACGUUUAGUCAUCCUGAAAAAAUAAUCGAAAUCAAAUUCUGACAAUUUCCAUUACGAGAGUGUCCUCGAAAAAUCGAUUUUUUCAGUCAUUUUCGUUUUUUUUUUUAUUUCUUCUCGUUACAAAACUUCUGACAAGUUCCAUUACGAGUGCUUUUUUCCUUUUAAUUUCGUUUUUGUCGAGAAUUGGGAUCUCUUCAGCGUACACUGAAACUGUGAUGACCAUGUUACUAUUUUAAUGAUUCAGACAGAACUGCUUAUGCUUCCACGAAGAAAGCGUAUUUUAGGUAUAAUAUCGUAGCAAUAAUAUUUAUCUUUAUGACUGUAAGAGAAGUACCGUUGAAAGUAAGAAAUUUCUGCGGGUGUGAAUCGGUUAGAUAAUUUUACUUCAUUUUUGUAUCGCACGUAGUUUUGCUACGUGCCAUUAAAACAAUUGGAGAUUUCAAUCGUCGCUGGAGUUUCUCAUAUUCGCUGUGUUUUUUCAGACUUGAUUUUUGUGAGCACUGAAAAGGGUCAAAAAUGGGCAAUAGGAAAACCAAUUCUAACGUGCGAAACUAUAAACUCUGUCAGGAUCACUCCAAUAGUUUUUUUUUUUAAAUCCUUUUUUUGUUUUUCUCACUUAUUUUAACCGUUCGAAGUAGAAAUUCCUUUUCGAUCUUAAUCAACGGUGAUGGAAAUAUGUGUUAAUAGACGGAGAAAGAUCUGCUUUUUUCACCAGUCGGAAUAGGCGGUUGAAACUGUUUUCAAUUGAAGAAUAAAAAGUAUACAGAAUUUCAAGAACGAUCUAAUCGACGAUGCUUCAAAACUCGUUUUUUUUUCGUUUCCCGUAGUCGUAUAUGUGGAAAAAGCAGAAAAUUUGAAGUAUUAUUUUAUUAUUCUGAUCAAAAUAAAAAAAACGAGAGUGACAAUUCAGAAACGUCUGUUCUGAAAUCGUUGUUCAAUCCUAAUUUAAGAUGAAACGAGUUAAAGCGGUCACGAACAAUCUUGUGUAUUUAACGACUUAUAAAGUGUUAAUCGAAAAUCAUGUGAUUCCUAAAAAUAUUCACCGUAACCCACGGAUUCGUGCUUUAAUUAAAAAAUGAAUAGGCUCUCUACAACUGGGCACCUGCAGACAUGAGAAAUGAAUGAAACGCGGGAACGAAGAUACAUUCACAUCGAGUGAGGAAGAAAAUAAUUUCUUCGAAGGUCUCGAAAAACAAAAUAAUGGGCUAACAUUCCGCAGGUUAUUGUAUUUUAGAAAAAUUUCAAAUCGAUAUAUUUUUCUAAAAGUUCACCAAUUAAUCGCACAAUAAAGAAAUUCAUUAAUGAAAA